GUGGCUGUCCGGUCCGGUGUUUACUGUCAGCGGGUUAAAGUGUGAGCGGAGGUCCGGGUCCGGAUCUUCAGCUGGAAAUUCAGCGGAAUUUGGAGCACAAGUGAAGCCGGUUUGAGGAGCGAGAGGCCCGGCUGGCUGCUGCGCGGCGCUGCGGGGGAUGUGCGCACACAAUGGGAGACGGUCCGGGACUCGAACAGCGUCUCCCCGCCCGGUUUGGUUUGUAAAGACACCGGAGCUGGAGCCGGGACUCAGCGCGGAGUGAGGACCUCCUCUGACCGGGCAGGACGCCUAAGACGCCGGGCGGAGCUCAGCUGGGAGCCCCGUGGGAGCCGCGGAGGACGCGGCUGUGUGUCGUGAAUCCCGCUGGGAUGAACCCCGAGUCUCCUGCGUUCUAAACCGCUGUUUACACAUCUGGAUGAAGAGGAAAGCCUGGGUUUGGAGCUGGUUUAUGGAGUUAAUGCAUGUUAGUUUACUGGAUUUACCCGCAGACCCAUCAGCAGCCUGCAGAGGUUAGUGCUCAGAGGAUAAAACUAAAAGAACAGUUCACAGUUUCCCUUUGAAUCCGAAUAUUUUAAAGUAAAGGAGCAGUUCACAGUUUCUCACAUGAGCUUUGAAGGAGGCGAUGUACCUGCUGGACAGUAGCAGCUCUGAGAGGAUGGAGAGAGGAGCUCCUCAGAGAAAGACUGUGUACCGGAUCUCCCUCACGCUGGUGAAGAGGGAGAGCUUAGAGGAUGAGGGCUCGGUGCCCCGGCGGGCAGAGAACCCAAAGGUGGGCACCUUCAGGCGUGAGGGGUCGGCAGAGGUGCAGCGGGGCGGUCUGCUGGAGCAGCUGAAGGAGGUGGAGGACGAGUCGGAGGAGUUCUGUUCUUCCCACGGCUACAUGCGGAACUUUAGGACGUUCAGCACGGGCCAGCUGGAGCUCGGCAGGCUGAAGAUCUGCAGGAAGCAGCUGCUGCAGCGGGGCACCAAGGCCACCAGUCCGCUGGCGGAGCCCGGGCAGGAGGAUGGCGGCGAGCGGGAGGUGGAGGAAGCACCACAGGCGCUGGUGGAGAACGGUGGUGUUGGCGAGAAGAAGAAGAAGCUCCUGAAGGCGAAGAGCGUGGAGGAGCAGAGCUCGGAGCCCGUGAGCGGCGUCGGGAAGCUGACCCACUCUAAAAGUAACGGGACGCCGUCCACAGAAGGCCCUCCAGAGACUCCACCUCCUCUGAAGCGCCCGCCCGGGCUGCUGCGCCGCAGCUUCAGCUUCAGGCACUGGAGCGGUGGUGAACUGCUGCGCCUGCGGGCGCUCUCCAAAGACAAACACCACAGCAGCUCCGGCUGCAUCGGCCAGGACGCUGCAAAGGAUGCCGAGCUGGCUGCGCCGCUCCCCUCAGCCCGCCUCCUCGACCCCACCAGAGAGAAGAGCAGGACACUGGAGGUCGGCGCCGUCCUCAACAAGACGGACUCCAUGUCCGAGCUGAGCCGCUGGGAGAGGGCGCAAGGCAGCAAGAACCGCACACUGGACAACAGCGACCUGCUGCGGCUGGCGGCAGAGAAGGACGCUGCCGGGGCAGGAGGUGGAGGCUUCCUGCUGCGGGGAGUCGGGGGACGCUCCAGCGAGCGGCGCCUGGUUCGCUUCUUCAGCGGGAUCUUCUCCAGGAGGGACGGCGCUUCCACAUCCACACCGGUGGGGAGCCCUAGCACCAACAGGUCGCUGCGCCGCAGCCGGAGGACGGUGCUGUCGCAGUCCAGCACGGAGAGCAUGAACGGAGGCAGUGCUGACGAUGCGUUUGUAAACAGUCAGGAGUGGACGCUGAGUCGGACGGUGCCCGAGCUCAAAGUGGGCAUUGUGGGUAAUCUGGCCAGUGGUAAGUCAGCGCUGGUCCACAGAUACCUGACGGGAACGUACGUCCAGGAGGAGUCACCAGAGGCUGACGUGGAUGCAGGCGGGCGCUUUAAGAAGGAGAUUGUAGUGGACGGUCAGAGUCACCUGCUGCUCAUCAGAGAUGAAGGAGGCCCCCCAGAGGCACAGUUUGCGUUAUGGGUGGACGCCGUCAUCUUUGUCUUCAGUCUGGAGGACGAGAUCAGCUUUCAGACUGUUUAUCACUACUUCAGCCGCCUCGCCAACUACAGGAACACCGCUGACCUGCCGCUGGUGCUCGUCGGCACACAAGACGCCAUCAGCUCGACCAACCCGAGGGUGAUCGACGACACCCGGGCCAGGAAGCUCUCCAACGACCUCAAACGAUGCACCUACUAUGAAACCUGCGCCACCUACGGCCUCAACGUGGAGCGAGUCUUCCAGGACGUUGCCCAGAAGAUCGUGGCCACCAGGAAGAAGCAGCAGUUGUCUAUCGGGCCUUGCAAGUCACUCCCCAACUCCCCGAGUCACUCGUCUGUCUGCGCCACACAAGUGUCAGCCGUCCACAUCAGCCAGACGAGUAAUGGUGGUGGCAGUUUGAGCGACUACUCGUCAUCUGUGCCGUCAACACCGAGCACCAGCCAGAAGGAGCUCCGUAUCGACGUCCCGCAGACCACCAACACGCCAACACCCGUCCGCAAGCAGUCUAAACGCCGCUCCAACCUCUUCACCUCGAGGAAGGCGAACGAGGCGGACAAGGACAAGAAGGGCCUGGAGGCUCGAGCCGACAGCAUCGGCAGCGGGCGAGCCAUCCCCAUCAAACAGGGCAUGCUGCUGAAGAGGAGCGGUAAAUCCCUCAACAAGGAGUGGAAGAAGAAGUACGUGACGCUGUGUGACAACGGUCUGCUCACCUACCACCCGAGCCUACACGACUACAUGCAGAACGUCCACGGGAAGGAGAUCGACCUGCUCAGGACCACGGUGAAGGUGCCGGGGAAGAGGCCACCGCGUGCCGUGUCCACCUGCGCCGCCAUGCCAAGCCCCAAAACCAACGGCCUGACGAAGGACAUGAGCAGCCUGCAGCUCGGACAGACUUCAGGCUCGGUGACUAGCAGCUCGUCGGUGUCGCAGAUGGCGAGUGGCGUCAGCUUGGUGUCCUUCAACAGCCGCGGCACGGAGGGGAUGCACCAGCGCUCGUACUCCGUCUCCAGCGCCGAUCAGUGGACCGAGGCCACCGUCAUCGCCAACUCUGGAGUCAGCACGGACACAGGCCUGGGAGACUCCGUCUGCUCCAGUCCCAGCAUCUCCAGCACCACCAGUCCAAAGAUGGAGCCGCCGCCAUCGCCGCACGCCAACCGCAAGAAGCACCGGCGGAAGAAGAGCACCAGUAACUUCAAAGCCGACGGCCUCUCUGGUACUGCGGAAGCCAAACGUAAAGCUUGGAAACUAAAUCGCGUCUCUAGCCUUCGCAGCAUUUACACCAACAGUCUGCAGAACUCAGAAGAACAAGAGGAGAACUUUGAGUUCACCAUCGUGUCGCUGACGGGGCAGACGUGGCACUUUGAAGCCACUUCCUACGAGGAGCGAGAUGCCUGGGUUCAGGUCAUCGAGAGCCAGAUCCUGGCGAGUCUGCAGUCCUGCGAGAGCAGCAAGAACAAGUCUCGUCUGACAAGCCAGACGGAGGCGAUGGCUCUGCAGUCGAUCCGAAACAUUCGAGGGAACGGUCGCUGUGCCGACUGCGACGCACCGAACCCGGACUGGGCAAGUCUGAAUCUUGGGGCCCUGAUCUGCAUUGAGUGCUCGGGAAUCCACAGGAACCUGGGCACUCACCUGUCCAGGGUUCGCUCUCUAGACCUGGAUGAGUGGCCGCUGGAGCUCAUCAAGGUGAUGUCGGCCAUUGGCAACGAGCUGGCCAACAGCGUGUGGGAGGCCAACGCUCAGGGACGCCUUAAACCUGGACCGGACGCCAGCAGGGAGGAGCGUGAGCGCUGGAUCCGGGCAAAGUACGAGCAGCGUCUCUUUCUGGCGUCGCUGCCCUGCACUGAUGUCCCGCUGGGCCAGCAGCUGCUGAGGGCAACCGCCGAGGAGGAUCUACGUGCAGUCGUGCUCCUGCUUGCUCACGGGUCCCGACAGCAGGUCAACGAGACCUGCGGAGAAGGAGAUGGACGCAACGCGCUGCACCUGGCCAGCCACAAGGGCAACGUGGUCAUCACGCAGCUCCUUAUCUGGUACGGCGUGGACUUGAUGGCAAGGGACGCCCACGGCAACAGUGCAAUGGCAUAUGCUCGCCAGGCCAGCUGUCAGGAAUGUGUGGACACGCUGGCUCAGUAUGGCUGCCCAGAUGAACGCAACCCCCUAAUGGCCACACCCAACCUUUCACGGCGCAACACCAAUCGCAACAACAGCUGCAGCAGCGCCGGCAGUGCCGCGCUCAUAUGACCAGACAGUUUCCUGUGAUGACUCUGAGAAAAAUAAACAAACUCCGAUUUGGGAGUAUCCUGAGCGUUUUAUUUUGGGAACCACUACUUUAGCUUUGCCCACUUCACCUGACAACGACCAGUAAACUGAUCACAGGUCAGUGGUGACGCUGCGGCCAGGCGUCUGUUUGGGAGAAGAAGUCUAAAGCAUGCUGGGAAACAUAGCCCAUGAUCAUCAAAGCAUUUUGGGAAAUGGUCACACGACUUGUGCAGGUCAAUGAGUUAUAUUGUACCUCGUCACACAGCCUCAGAUUUCACACUACAAAGGCCAGUUCCCGCUCAGACUCAACAACAAACUGAACUCAAAGCAUAUCAUCUUCUGUCCACAACCUGAAACUGUGAGAUCAAAUCAACGAGAAGGAAACUCAAGUCUUCGUAUCUUCUUUGAGGCAGCCACCCAUCAACAUCAUCUUCACUGCAAAUCUCUCGAGGAUUCUUUACGACCUCUUCACCUCCUUUCAGCUGUCAUUUUUUAAAAUUUUCUGCAAACCAACCCGCUUUACACAUUUUGGUUCUUUUUUUUUUUAAUGUGAAAAAAAUCUUGAUGUUAAAAAAAAAUAUCAGCUUAGAGGUAAAACAUAAGUGUGAUAGAUCGCAUGUCCUAGACACUUUUUCUACUUUAAUUUAAGGCAUUUUUCUCGACUGUGUAUAUUGUAUCUCGAUGUGCAUUGCUGGACCAAUGGUAAAAAAUGCUAACAGGGGAAGGGUUUUUGUUUUUCCUUUUUUUUUUAAGCUAUCGGGUGUAUAAAGUCAUUAAGUGUACAGAAGCUCUUGCCAGGCUCAGGGACUGGGGACUGUCGAUCGUCAGCGCUCAUUGUCUUUUUUCCCAGCGAGUUCUUUAGAUGAAACAACCUGUUUUCACUUCACUUAGUUCCGACUACAUUCAGAUUUUUGUCAACACUCAAGUUGCUCAAAAUUGCUGGCUUCACUUAAUUGGUUGGAUGCCUAAGGCACCGAACCAAGAGAUCGAUUGGUAGCCCUCUGGCAGCCACUGGUCACUGGUUGGCAACUGGUCGCUAGAGGUUGCUGGCAGUCACUAGGUGGUUGCAAAGAGGUGUACAGUGCUGUACUGAAAACCUUCUUGCAAUUGCUUGGAAGACUCUCCUUGUCUACAAACACUGACCAACUACUUGCCAAGCGAUAGUAAAACUGCAAAGGGUGCGACAAAAAGCUGGAAAUGGGGACCAUUCGGCUUCAACGUAAAAGUUGCACUUUUUGAAACAUGUUCGUUGCAUUAUCCAUUAAUCACCAUAAGAGCAAACUGGUCGAUCGAGCGAUUGAACAUUUUGCUGUAUGUUGCCGAUAGUUUGUGGCAUAAGUUGGUUUAUAAAUUUGGUUUGUAAAUUUGGUUUGCCAUCCAGAUCCUGGCUCAGCUGGGAAUUAACCUGCUGAUGAGCAUCUAUAUGUAGGAUUUCAAACCUUUUCUUAUGCUAAAAGUUUUAUCGUCUGAACUGAGUGAACUGUAAGCAUCUUAAACCCAAACCUGGUUUACAUCCUGAUGAAAAAGCAUUUAAUCUGAACUCUGUCCCUGAAGUUAAUUUUAUUAAUGUAAAAAAAUGGAAAAGACACAGAAGCAGCUGUCGGAGCAAAAAAGGGAAAUUAUUGUCUUCAGGUGUUUUUUGUUUUGUUUUGGUUUUUUUUUAAUGUUUGCUAUCUGUCCAGACACAAUGAUGGGGAGACGGUUGGUGGUCCCUGCCAUCACCGCCACUUUUUUAUCUAUCCCGUCCAAUCAGGCAGUCUCCCUGAUCUGCUCAGCGAAUCACUAAGAAGGGCUUCUUUUUCUUCUUCUCUGGUCUGAAAACGUCUUUGUUGUAAAUAAUCCUCCUCUCUUUCUCUGUCGCUUUCUCUCUUUCAUUCGAAGCAUCAUGUAAAUUAGAGAACACAGUAAGUACUUAGAGUAUGUGAGGUUGCAGACUGGAAGUGGUUUAUUCUAAUGUGUUGUAGUAUGGUUUUGGCUCUGUGCUGAACCAUGAAGAAACCAGGAAGAAAAACUUUUGCAGGUGUCUAAACCUGUGGUUCCCAACAUGAGAAUCUUUACAGACUAAAGGGUCAACGGACGGUUUACAGCAAAGGAAAUCAGAAAAUACAGAUCCAAGCUGCUUUUUUAAUGAGAAAGAACAAACCCAAAGGGAAGCUUAUAAAAAGUCUACAUCUUCUCAAAUUUAGGUCUACCCUGACUUUAACAAAUGUGGUAAAAAUUAAGUUAAGACGCAGUAUAAAAGUGUUGAGUUUACUUUUGGGGGCAUUUGGGGCCACAAUAGCACGAGAUGUGGUUGAGUUUGAGUCAGGCUCAAAUCUGAUUAUUUAAUGAGCUUAGAAAAAGUCUACAUCUGGUGAAGUUUCGUUACAUAAUACUCACUAAACUUGAGUACAUUUGACUCAAGACCAAGUGUAAAUGUGGUGGUCAGCACUACCACCAAGGUUUGAGUCAUAAUGCAGUCAAAAUGUGGAUAACUUAAACUCAAGAUCAAGUUUAAAGGCUUGAUCAUUGACCUUUGAGCUUAGACUGUGACCAAAUAUGAUUAAAUUGGGCAACAUGUGGUCAAGAUGGAGUCUGGACAGAAGACUGUAGUUUAUAAGUAUUCUAGCCAUAACCAAAUUGGGUUCACAGUAUUAACCAAAUCUUUACAUUUGUCUAAUGGGCUCAAAAAGUUUACCAAGACUGGGAAAGAUGAAAUCUGGUAAACUCUAGCUCAAGUCUAAAACAGGUUUAAUUUUGUUCCAGAAAAAGACCAAACAGGGUAAAGCUGAAGCCAAGUAUAAAUUUAGUCAGAUUUUAGUCUACAAUUUAGAGUUUAAGUUUAAACUUACAAAGUCUACUCAUGCUAAAUUUAGGGCUAUAUUGUUCACCACAUGGGGUUAUAUUUCAAGACUGAGUCUAAAUGUAGAGAAUCUUUGGAUCAAAACUGAGGCCAAGUUUCAAUGUAGACCAGAUCCAACAAUAUGAGAAAGUCAUGGCCAAGCCCUAAAGAGUCUUACUAUCAUACAUGGAAAAAAUGAACUGUCAUAGAGCUAAAAAGAAAAUAUCAUUACCUACACUUAUGAAAGAACAUUCAAAAAAGUUAAUCUUCAGUAUAGAAUUCCACAUUUCCCAACCUUUUACCACUUGAUUUUCUCAUUGAUAAUGAGAAUAUUUUAAAGACUCUGAUACAAACACAUGGACAAAGACAAGCUGGACAGUGGACAGCAUACAUUAAGGCUACCCUGAAUGUUUACGGAUGUGUUUACAUUUGUCCAAUUGGUCUGCAUUGCCAUUAACUGUUAGACAAGACGAAGUUUAAUUCAUACUAGCCCUUAUAUUUUAAAAUCACCAUGAGCUAGAAAUGUUGGGAACCACUGGCACAAAGGUCCAUUUGGAUUUAAUGAUAGGGUUGCAGGUUAAUUUCAGGUGUUUUAAAAACACCUUUCUUAAUCCUGGUGAUAUCGAUUUUUCCGUUGGUUGUUGAAAUGUGUAGAAUGAAGGCCUUCAGAUGAAGAUAGUUGGGGAACUAGUUUCCCAAACUCAACAUUUAUUUGAUGAUUCAGACAGUAUGCUGCUCCUCAGCUCGGAUCUUCAACUUUCUCCUGUUUCGCCCUCUAAUGUAAAUGUUGCUGCAGCGGUUGAGUAGCAGCUCUCAACCCGACUGUGUAUCCAAGCAAUAUUCAUAAAAACCUUCACGCUCACAUCCUAACUUUGUAUACUAACAUCGCUUUAAUAUUCACAUGAAAACACAAAAACACACUGUAGAAAUGGAAGAAGGAUCAAAAAGCAAGAAACAAAUGUUUUUCUAUCAACAUGAACACAUUUGUCCUCCUUUUGCCUUUUUUGUUUUUGCACGCCUGCCUUGAUGUUCCUAAUUUUUGUUGUUGCUAUACGUGUCACGCUCCAUUUUCCUUACCAGUCAUCUUCAAGACGCCGUUUUAUUUCCUGUAAAUGACAAACCAAGCCUAUUAUUUUUGUUGGAUGCUUUUAGUUUGUUUUCAUAUCUGACCCAUCCCACAGCUGUCCAGAAACAGGACAGGGAAAAAAGACGUCCAUUUAUUUAUGACAGAAAUGCACUAAUUUACUGCUUUACUUCAUCUAUUUUAAACACAACUCUUCUACCAUCUUCCUUUAUGUUCUGUCAGUAACUGACAUUGGCUUUUUCUAAGCGGUGGCGGCUUCAGGUUGUUUCCUUUAGAAUAAAAUUGUAUUUAUUUUAUUUUAAAAUCGUGUGAGCAGAAAAAUUUAAAGUGUAAUUAAUAACAAUGCUAACUGUAGAUAGUAGUAAACAAACUAACGAGAGCAUUGCGCUAGAGUUUCCGUUUACAAGCGCUUGUUAAUGCAACUAGAGAUCAGCUAGCUGGUGAUAGCUAAUAGCAAGGAGGUGAACAUUAGUUGUCACUUUGCUGCAGAUUUAUGCUCAUUCAGGUUUGAGACUCAAAGCUAAAAUCGAAAAAUUGCUGAGUCAUCUGUCACCUAAGCUAACACCUAGCAGUGAGCAAGCCAGCAUUGUUUUAGGUUAACAGUGCAUUUCCCCUUCUAAAUAUUAAUCAAAUAAAUACUGAAAUAGGAAUAGAGAAUCGAAACAUCGAGGCUCAUAAGCUGUAGAUAUGUUAACUGAACUAAGCUAAGUGAGGGGAAGAGGGGCAUAAGCUAAACUUCCCACCAUAAAAAUGCAAACUGUGACAAACAUUGUUUUAAAAAAGAUUUUCCCAGCUUCCAAGUAAACAAUCUAAGUCAGUCAUCUGCUUUCCAUUAGAAGCUUAGCAGAACAUGAAAACAAUAUGUGGAUAAUAGAAACAUGGUUUUAAGAGCAGCUAGCUAAACUCUGCUAGCAGAGCAUAUGGGGUGCUGUAUCUCCUUGAAUAUGAAGACUUGACUCUUCACAGAUGUUUCUGUUGUUCGCGUUCACAUUUUCUUAGUCUCAUAAUUGAGGAGAAAACAUAGAAAAUAUCUGUUUUGUGUAUAUUUUGAAGCUAAAACAUGCUGUGAAGCUCCAGCUAGCGGUCAGUUAGCUCAGUGGCCAGUAGCAUGGCGCAAUAUGUUUCCUAGCCUAGGAUCUUUCGGCUGAAGCCGCCUGCGUGUAGAUAAAUUAUGUCAUGGUAACUGCAUUAAUAUGUCUGCACUGCUCUCGCCACCGCCAACACUUGUACAUAGACAUCAACAGAACGAAGAAAUAAUAUUGUCAAUGUCUAGUUGUGUUACCUCAUGUAGCCUCCUUAACCCCACCCAACUGGGCUGUCCACUACAUUAUUUAUAAAUGCACCCCUCGAGGAAGACUCGGCCCCCUUAAACCUACAUUUUUGUAUAAUUUUCUCCAUCCACUUUUUAUUAUUGUUGUUCUGAUUUAUCAUCCAGACACAUUAUUGUUCUUAUUGUCACUGUUAAUCUAAUAAUUAUUAUUAUUGUUGUUGAUGUUGUUGUUAUUAUUGUUAUUGAAUUUUUGUUUGAUGUACAGUACCGUUGUAUGAAAAUUCUACCUAAUACAGAGUCUUCUACUGUAAUGUGUCUCUUUUCAAUAAAGACAAGA